CACAGGUACCAGCAGAGCCUCUUAGUUAGCUGCUGUGAGUUGGUACAGCAGUGAGUGUGUGGGGCUGUGUCUGGUCCCCGCGCCGCGCGCUGCCACGCAGGCAGCCUGAGGUCAGCCUCGCGCUGAUGGGAGGGACCAUCAGUCCGAUAGCCACGUAGCGAGCUAACACCGUUAGCUGUGCAGCUAACGUCAGCGAGCGUCACCAUGGACUUGCCACAUCACGGAUACCGAGCAACUAAACCACGAGCUCGUGCAGCUCCCCCCACAGCAGACUCUGUCCUGUUUGAAGACACCAGCUCUGCAGCACCAGCAAUGAACAGUCAAGGGUACUACACACCUGGGUACAAUAUGGGAGCACCCACAAGUGACAUGCAAGCAGGUACUGGGGUGGACAACCUGUUUACUGACCCGAUGGCGAAUGCCGCGAUGAUGUACGGCUCUUCGUUAGCCAAUCAAGGAAAGGACAUGGUCAACAAAGAGAUCAGCAGAUUCAUGUCUGUGAACAAGCUGAAAUACUUCUUCGCCGUUGACACCAGAUAUGUUUUGAAGAAACUUAUGAUCCUCAUGUUCCCGUAUACACAUCAGGAUUGGGAAGUUCGUUACCAUCGGGACACUCCACUGCCUCCAAGACAAGAUGUGAAUGCACCUGAUCUUUACAUACCAACAAUGGCUUUCAUCACGUACAUUUUACUCGCUGGAAUGGCCCUGGGCAUUCAAAAAAGGUUCAGCCCAGAGGUUCUUGGACUGUGUGCCAGCACCGCCCUCGUGUGGGUCGUCAUCGAGGUCUUGGUGAUGUUGUUGAGCUUGUACCUGCUGACGGUACACAGUGACCUCUCAACCUUUGACCUUAUUGCCUACAGUGGAUACAAAUAUGUUGGGAUGAUCUUCACAGUUUUGUGCGGCUUACUGUUUGGCAGCGAUGGUUAUUUCGUGGCUCUUGCCUGGUCCUCUUGUGCCCUCAUGUUCUUCAUUGUCCGAUCUCUGAAAAUGAAGAUCCUUCCCUCACUCUCCUCGGACUCCAUGGGAACUGGGUCAAGUGCCAAACCUCAGUUCCGCCUUUAUAUCACCGUAGCUACUGCAGUCUUUCAGCCAAUCAUUAUAUACUGGUUAACCUCUCACUUGAUCAGGUGACCAUGAGGUGUUUAAUAACCUGAAGUCUGAGUGUAUUGGACCCAAAAAUGUGGUUGUGGAGUGUACACCUGCCUUUAUAUGCCCUUUUGUGAGUAAACUCAUGUAGUGUUGAACUGCAGCGUGUUUUGAGCUCAUCAGAUGGACGUGUUUGUAAUCCAAUGGUUUCAUUGAUUUAAUCACAAAGUGUGACACAGAAAAUGUCUCACUGGAAGAUUGUUGUCUUCCACCAUGAGUGUACAGAAACACUGACAAAUGCUUAUUUCUGGCCACCUAACUUUGAAAACAAGGGCUUUCAUUGUGACAUUUGUUUGAUCGUAACUCAGAUUAAGUUAAAGUUUCCUUUUUUUUAUAAAGUUUCUGGAUGUGCUUUCCAGUAUUUACGCCACACAGUACAAACGAAACAGGCAGAAAUGCACAUUACACAUGACCCAGUGCCACUUUUCUGGUAUGGUAAUGUUGGUGCAUUAUUUCUCUUUUUCUUGAAAGUCCUGGAUUUUAUUUAUCUACAUUUGACAAAGCAUGACAAUGUUUGGACUUUUUGUAGAAAAAAUAUAUAUAUUUAGCUUUGUGCAUUCAUUUAUGUCCCUUAAUAAAAAAUAUUGUACUUUUUAAUUCAA